AUGAAGAUCACUGGGGACUUAGUAUUUUUCAUCACUGGAGGAGCUUCUGGAUUAGGUGAAGCAACUGUUAGAGAAAUUCACGCUAAAGGAGCUAAGGUAGCAGUCGCUGACUUUAAUGAGGAGAGAUUAGCUCUCUUAGAAAAGGAGCUAAAGGAACGCAUCUUCACUAUUAAGUGUGACGUCACAAAAGAAGAACAAGUCAAGAAUGCAAUCGACAAGACUGUUGAAAAAUUUGGAACUAUUCAUGCUGCUCUUGCCUGUGCUGGUAUUGCUACAGUUUCAGUUACUCUAUCAUCAAGAGGAUCAUUAGAUAUUGGAUUAUUCAAGAGUACCACAGAGAUCAAUGUUUAUGGAUCUGUUUACGUAGCCAAAUAUGCUGCUUAGGUAAUGUCAAAGAACAAGCCAAUCAAUGACAAAGGGGAGAAAGGAGUUAUUAUGUUUGUUAGCAGUGUUGCAGCUGAGGAAGGGUAGAGAGGGCAAGUUGCCUAUUCUUCAACAAAGGGAGCUAUUAACGGCAUUGUACUUCCAAUGGCUAGAGAUUUAGGAAGAUAUGGCAUUAGGGUUUUAUCAAUCGCUCCUGGAAUUUUCAUGACUCCAUUAUCUCAUGCUAUGCCAGAAAACGUCAUGAAGAGACUUAAUGCAGACACUGCAGUCAACAGAUCAGGUACCCCCGAUGAGUUUGCUCAUUUUGUUACAGCAUGCAUCGAGAACACUUAUCUUACAGGAGUUACUCUUAGAAUCGAUGGUGGUAUUAAAUUCUCUAAUCUGUGA